ACGCCAGGGACUGAGAAAACCUGACUCGAAACCCCUUAGUGCGUGUGUUGGUGUUAGCUGUUGGCUGAAGGGAAAGAUUUAGGAAGGGGGCAAGCAAGAGGAAGCACCAAAAUGACUGCUUCAGUGCGUGCAAGAAAGUGAACGGGGAAGAAACACACAUCCACAGCCCAUUGCUUUACGCUGCUAGUUCGCGGUGUGACUGUCGCAAGAAUGGCUCAACUAACACGAUGUCCACCAUCAUCUUGGUCGUCGCCUGCUCUUCGUGCUUCGUUAUCGACAAACUGUGCGGUGGACAAAAUCUCAAAUUAUGCAAAAGCAAUCACAGCAGCCGCAGCAGCAGCAUUACGCGAGUACGCAGCCGAACUGCUGCUGCUACACUUUUCAUGUGCUGGUUCUCUUUCUCUCGCUCUGUGUACGCCCUAAAACUUUCUCGAAGCCCUAGCGCUGGGCAAGCAGCUACAAGUGGCGAGUAGCAGUGGAAGCGUUUAUUUUUAAUGAUCCCUCACCAGUAACGGGGGCGCUGACAGGCGAGCUGGAUGAUCGCUGGCGGCCGCCCUUUCAGCCCCGCAGUCGCAGUCAGUCCGGUUUUGCAUCCCAAGCACACGCGUGUUUGGGAUGGUGCGCCGAAGCAAAAGCGCUGUCAAAAAUUGCGCAAUACUCGCGCGAUGAGAACAAAACAACACGCAAGAACAACACACUGGCAGCGGGUAGCCGGCUGUUUGUUUGACGGAGAGUAUUUUACAUCCCUUCAUCCCUGCAAGUAUUGGGCCCACUGAACGGAGCGAGCCAAGUAGUAGUAGUAGAAGUAGUACGUCGUAUGCCGCGCAGCAGAGUAAUUGAUCGCUGACGCACCGAAUUUAACCACCGAACGUUCCUAACGAUCACAAUCAGCCCGUUUGUUUUCAAAAUUAAAAGCCCGUAGCGAACGGAACCUUUUGCUGCGCAUCGUGCUGCCUGCCUACCGGUUUGGAUGGUACAACCGUCGCUGUGCUGUUUGUGCGCGGAAAAGUCUAUCAAAGACGAUUAAGCAGCAGCAGGGAUCGGAGCUGAAGCUUGGCGAAGGAGAAUGUUGACCAUCUAACGAUAAGCGAGAUAAAUCAACACGCGUUCAUCGUGCGCUACAAUCACCUUCCCAAACGCCUGCGACAAACACGCAGUACCGGCGGAACCUAUUUGCAAAUACCGGGGUCAGCAGACGGAAAGAGAGAGAGAGAGAGAGAGAGAGAGAGAGAGAGAGAGAGAGAGAGAGAGAGAUAGAGCCGACCCGCCCGCUUGCAGUAUAUGUGAUGAAUUCGGACGAAUAUGAGCAGCUGCCGACGUCGAGCGUGCCGGCCAUCAUGACGGCCGGUGCGAUAGCGGGCGUGAUGGAGCACUGCGUCAUGUACCCGCUCGACUCGGUGAAGACGCGCAUGCAGUCGCUCACACACAUGCAGGCGCACGACACAAUCACGUCCACGCUGCGCGACAUGAUCCGGCACGAGGGCGUGAUGCGCCCGUUCCGCGGCGUGAUGGCGGUGGUGGCCGGGGCCGGCCCAGCCCACGCCCUCUACUUCGGUGCGUACGAGUGCUCGAAGGAGCUGAUCGCGACCGUCUCCGAUCGGGACCAUCUGAACUACAUGCUGUCGGCGACGGCGGCCACACUCGUGCACGACGCCGUCUCGAACCCGGCGGACGUGGUGAAGCAGCGGCUACAGAUGUACAACUCGCCGUACAGGUCGAUCAUGCACUGCGCCACCCAGGUGUACCGGACGGAGGGUUGGCGGGCGUUCUAUCGCUCCUACUCGACGCAGCUCGUGAUGAACAUACCGUACUCGGCGAUCCAGUUCCCCACGUACGAGUUCUUCCAGAAGCUGCUCAACAAAGACAAUAAGUACAACCCGCCCGUCCACAUGGUGGCGGGUGGGGUGGCCGGUGCGGCCGCCUCCGCCCUGACCACGCCGCUCGACGUGUGCAAGACGCUGCUGAACACGCAGGAGGACGGGGCGGGCAAGACGCGCGGCCUGGGGGAGGCGGCGAAGAAGAUCUACCGCACCGCGGGCGUGAUGGGCUUCUUCAAGGGUAUGCAGGCGCGCGUCCUGUACCAGAUGCCGGCGACCGCCAUCUGCUGGUCGACGUACGAGUUCUUCAAGUACAUACUGUCGCGCGUCAAGAAACCGGUCGGCGGUGGUUCGACAGGAGCGACGGCGGUGGUGGGUGGAGGCAAUGGUGACCUGCGGUACAUGAUACCGGCGAGCGCUGCCGUCAGUGCCGAGGCGGCCUCACCGGCUGCCGGCUGCAGCGCCGUCAACAGUGCCAGCCUGCUCAUCCGAAGUCCGGAGCGUGAAAGCAGCGGCGGUGGUGGUGGUGGUGGUGGCAGUGUGGCCGGAGCGGACAGCAGCAAGGGAGGGAGCACGGCGGCCGGGUUGAUCCCGCGCGGUGGCCCCGAACUGCCGGCCAUGUCCGGUGCCGGCAUCUACGGUGCGAUGAGCUACAACACGAUGCACUCGAAUGAUACAAACCACCUAACCGACGUCCGAAGGACGAACUAGAGCGCCUGGCAAAACGAUGGGGAGGAGAGGGGGGGGGGAGGAGGUGUUGUGUGGAGGGAGUGAUUGGCUCCCCUUAUUGCCAUGCCUGCCUUCCCUCCCCUCGGGUUUAGAUGGGGCAAACCGACGACGACCCGGCACUCGAAGUGCGCGGAACAUGUACGGUGUGUUGAUAAGUUAAUAAUAUUGUUGGUUUAGCGUUUACUAGGUGAAGCAAGCAGAAAGAGAGAAGGAGAGAGAGAGAGAGAGAGAAAGAGAGAGAAAGAAAAAACGAGCAGAUACAUACACACACACAGUAAGUCACGGCGAUCAUGCAGCAUCAUCUCGAUCACGGUGGAAAUUAUAGGAGAAAGGCAAAAACGGCAACGUUUAGAUAGCGAGUUAAAAUCAGCAUCUGAGGCAAAAGAGUGAGCUGUUUGUGCGUGCGUUUGCGUGCAUGUGUGUAUGUGUGUGAGAGAGAGAGAGAGAGAGAGAGAGAGAGAGAGAGAGAGAGAGAGAGAGAGAGAGAGAGAGAGAGAGAGAGAGAGAGAGAGAGGAAAUUUGCGUGAGUCCACGUGUGCGCGCUCCAAAAGAGAACGGCUUCGAAGAAGAAUCAUCUGUUCCCGGGCGCACGCGCGCGCACACAGUCAGUUUGCGUGUAUGAAACCGUGGGCGCACCUUACAAAGUACAGCGUUUUGUUAAGUUUACCUUAUCACCGGCGAAAUAGCAGAGUGUGUGUGUGUGUGAGAGAGAGGGAGAUAGAGAGCGCGGGAACGAUGGUUCAGGCAAAAUGGGAAGAUCACAAGAAAGGAUCAGAAAGAUCAGGGGGACCCUGUUCCAAGGCCGGCGGAUGGAAUUGGAUGGAAAACAGUGAACGAUACUGUUGGUGACCGUUUUGUGAUGUUGUGGAAAUGGAGAGAGAGAGAGUUACUUCACACGCACAGAUCGGUCGCACGUCAUUGGCCACGUGAUAGGAUGUAGGAUGUAAAACAGUCGGACAAAGGGACAGGACGACCUGCUUGUCGAUUACAUUGCGCUGUCCCACUACCAUAUAUAUAGAAAGAGAGAAAGAGAGGGAGAGAGCGAGUUAUACAGAGAGAGAAAGAGGGAUAGAGCACACGAAGCGCAUGUCUCGAAGACAUCGUUUUAGUGUGCCGUUUUGUGUGCUACAGUCGGUCGGAGGGGAAAGGGGAAUACAGUUGGCGAAUUCCCGCUCCUGUAUUAAUCUUCGCAUAGUCUUUGUUCCGUAUUUUUUCCCUCCAUUAUUUUUCGGAUUGAUUUCGGAAAAGGGAGGAAGCGGUGGGACGCUUUGCCUGCUGGCCAUACCAUCACAUCUCAUUGCCACCGCUUUGGUGAAAGUGAUCAUGGGAACGAUCGUGUGCUGUUGGCAAACGGGGAGGGUAGAAGUGGCAUACAGCUUCACCACGCACGAGCGGAACUUCAACUUUCCCCAAAAUGCAGCUGAUGAUGAUGCCCCAUUGCAACGAAAAGGAUGUUUGCGAGCCUUGUCCUUCGCGAGACGCCCGCGCAUGUGUUUAGUGGGCGUGUACGGCAGUUUCCUAUACUCAUUAUCAGUUUGUAACCAUUUUACUACGAUGCCAUUUGUAAAUGUACAGAAUGUGAAAAUGUUGAUGUUUUUCUUCUUUUUAUUAGCUUUCAUUUUCGGUUGUUUUUUUGCUCAAGAUCGCGCGCGGGAACUGCGGAAAAGAAUGGAAGAAAGGGGGCUGAAAUCAAUGAAAUCAAAUUAAUUGUAUUGCUGAACACACAAUAAACACUGUUCUUCAAAGGGGACGUAGAUCGCACAAACGCUUUCGCGAUCGAGAACCCGCUGAUGAGCACUCAUUACAUUCGACAAGUCAAUUACAUACAGCGGAACGUUAAAACGAGCACAGGCUAGAGGCGAUCGUUUUUGGAGGGGGACGGUGGGCUCGCCACCAGCAACAUCCAUCUGACGAUGCUCCAUACCUCAAUAUGUGUUUCCUUUCUAAAAUGAACCACUUUGCUCUACGUUUUUACGUUCCUUCUUUUUGAUUGGAUGUUGCUUUUCCUUAUGCUUAUGGCAUAAAGCGCAACGCAUCGGGAAAGAGUUGGUGGCAGCGUUCGGGAAAUGGCAACACGAAAGGGCAUCACAAUGUGUGCGUUUCUCCCGUAGCUGAUGGAUGGACAGACGACUCCCCUUUCCCCAAAGGUACAAAUAAAAGCAAGGGCUGGAUAGAAUAAGAUGCUGUAAGCGCACUGUAAGUGAAACUUGGGCAGCCAGCGACAAACAACAGUCACAAAACGUAUGUACCGUAAAAAAAAACACACACAAACAUACCCGUCUCGCCCACAGGAGAUUCGAAAAACGGAAGAAGAAAAAGGAAUAAAACAGUACUAUUUCAACAACCUGUA